GAGGGGAAGAGACGUGGAUAAAGUUGAAAUGCUCGUUUUUUUUUUGUUUUUUCUUCUACUCUCCUGAACUUGACGUUGAAUUGGCGUUAAAACAUUUUAAAAAUUGCGGAUAUACUUAAGACAAUCAGAUUUGUUCACCCUUCGAAACUCAACUUUGCCAAUUAGAGUCCUACUAAAUGAUGAAAUUUAACUUAUAUUAGUUACACAUAUUUUGAUUGGUGGCUAAAUUAUGUCCAUUUAAAAUUUAAUAACAAAGAAUAUUUAAAAUUUACACAAAGAAUACAGAAAAUUUAAUAACUUAACAAUUUUUUCAGGGGUUAUUGUGAAUAAAAAAAAACAUAAUAUAAACCGACCGAAGACAACUUUUUUUGUUCAAUCAACACUCAUUUACAAGUGCCUAUUGUAAUAAUAUUCUCCUCCAUAAAUGUUGACUGAGGAGCUUCAUCAGCCUGAGCCUGAAGAUGCGGCUGUCAAUCUGCAGAAGAUUAUGAGGAGUGACGUCAUCAAACUGUUUUACGUGUCCAAAAGUGAUUGGGAGGGGGCGAAACAGGUGGCGCUUCACUUCUCAGCUCUCGUCAUUUCCGGAACGUCAAUGAGGAUACUGAACGAACACUCCAUUCUAUGGACUAUGGCUCUCCUCAUUCAUGGCUUUCUACUGUCCUUCUUGUUCAUGGGGUUGCACGAGAACGUACAUGGCACUGCGUUCCGGAGUACACAACUUUCUAGAAUGUUCCAGAACUUGUUUGGCUUUCUGAGCUUUCGACCUCCGACUCACUACUACUAUUACCACUGGGCUCAUCACAGACACACGGGCGACAAAAACAAGGAAAACAUCACCCCUUUAAAAUCAUUUAUCCACGAGGGAUAG